AAGAAGAACUUGAUGCUGAAUUUGAAUUUGAAGAAGGAUUCUUUAUUUGGGGUUUUAAGAAGGACCCAACAGAUUUUGAAUGGAGCUUUUGGACAGAGUGGACAAAGAAGUUGCUGUUGUGGACUUUGCUUGGUCAUAUAAUUGUAUCACAAGUGACCAUAGCCUUUUUUCCAAAGUUUAGGAUGUGGUUGCUGAUGGUGUAUGGGAUGUUGGCCUGCUUCCUUACAGUGGGCUUCAAAGGCCUGGUAGUAAUAUUAUUGCAUGUGUCCAUCUCCUAUGCGGUGGCCCAGCUCCAAGUGCCUGUAUUAUCUUGGCUGUGUUCAAUAUUACUACUGUACAGCUUACAAAUGGACUCUCUUGGAAAAAUUCAGAAACGCUGGUAUGAGACAGAGAACGAAUACUUCCUGCUUUUAUUCUGCUUGGCUGUUUGCAAUCUUCGUUACACAAGUUUCAGUUUAGAGUACUGCUGGUACUAUGAUGGACCUCGAAGACUUGGUGUAUCCUUCUGCUGGCUGUUGGCAUAUGUAUUUUACUACCCUGUAUUUCACAAUGGUCCCAUCAUAUGCUACGAUGACUUCAUUAAUCAGAUGAGAAAAGCAAAGGUAUCUGUGCCCAAAAAAGACCUUGCAUGCUUGUUGCUGAGUGGAAUGCGCAUUGUGUUCUGGUGGUGUCUGGCAGAGUCCAUGCUUCAACUCAUGUAUAUUCAUGCAAUUCAGCAGCAAGAAACAAUAUUGGAAUCUGCCUCUUACUGGACUUUAGGUGGCCUUGGUUUUGCUCAUGCAUUAUUUUUCUAUAUGAAAUACCUGCUGUUUUACGGCAUUCCAUCAAUUAUCAUGAGCUUGGAUGGAAUUGAACCACCAAGAUUGCCACGGUGUACCAGUAGUUUGUACAGUUUUACAGGAACAUGGAGGGAGUUUGAUGUUGGAUUACACCGUUGGUUGGUAAGGUAUAUUUAUAUUCCAUUGGGAGGGUCACGGCAUGGUGUACUACGGAUCAUGUUUUCUUCUGCCAUGGCCUUUAGCUUUGUUUGCUACUGGCAUGGUGGCCAUAGCUUCAUGCUAAAUUGGGCAGCUUUGAACUGGGCUGGAGUAAUGGUGGAAAGCAUAUUGAAGAUGGUCUGUUCCAUUUCACCUGUUCGGGAGAUUGUUGAAAGGUCCUUGUCGGCCAGUAUGCAGCGUCGGGCUCAUGCUGCCUUGGCAAGUGUGGCCACAACUCUGCUCAUUUUAUCCAAUCUGGUGUUUCUCUGUGGGAAUCAAGUAGGAAAGAUCUAUUGGAACAGAACAUUUUUACAAGGUUGGCCAUGGAUACCUGUGGCAGUUCUGGCAUAUUUCUACUGCUAUGCCCAAGUAGGAAUUGAAUAUGACCGAGUCAAAAAUUAAAUCUUCUGUUAACUGUGCUGUAUUUUGUUACUCGUAUAAAUAUUGAUGGUGUUAAAAAAGAAACAUGCUGUCAAAUCUUUUCAUCAACAUUCAUCAGGACAGAAUCAUGAGAAUACCAACUCUCAAGGGCAACAGUUUAUUACCUCUACCAAUCAGAGUCCACUUGCCAGCAACUCAGCAUCGCAUGAGGUAUAAAUUGUUGCUCCAUUUUACGGCACUGCUCAAGUUCUGUACUGUCAAGCAAGUAAAAAUACUGGACUUCUAAAAAUCUCCUUAUUAGUUUAAAUUUAAAAUGCAAAACAAUUUUUCUUAACUUGGAUUCCUUUUGGCUGCAUUGUCAUCUUCGAAUUUACUAUCUGAGUAAAUUUAAUAUGUGUCUCCUGCAAUGCAUAAGAUUUGGGGAGAGAAAUUCACUGGAAAUGGAGCUACAUCAGUUUCCUUGGCGGGGGAAGGGAAGUUUGCAGUGGAUACCAUCCAUGACAUUCUUUAUUGAUAAUAAAGGAGAAUGUGGUCAGGUUUUUGGCACUGCUUGCUUCCAGACAAUCAAGUAAUCGUGCAGCAUUUCUGUGCAAACAAAUUUGUCUCCCUUGGUGUAUGUGAAUUAUACUGCAAAAAAAAUAGUGGGGUGGGUUAGCUCUGUUGGCUGGAUGGUUGAAUGGCAAUGCAGAGUAACACCAAUGACAUGGGUUCAACUGCUGCACCGUCUGAGUUUACCAUGAAAAACUCUCUUUCUCAACCUCUCCCUGGCCUGAGGUGUGGUAACUGUCAGGUUAAACCACCACCAGUUGGCUCUCUCUGGGAGAGCAGCCCUAUGAUCCGUAGGACUAUAGUGACUUUAUUAGCACUCAUUGGCAUAACUUUUUUAAAAGCACAUUGAAAUUACCUGUUAUUUAAAUCCUUUUGGUGUCAAUUAGUCAAAUUAAUGCAAAUAUAUGAAAUUCCCGUACCUAAUAUUUUACCAAAGUCUUGUCUCCUAAUUUAAUAGUGUUAUAAAAGGCAGACAGACUGUUCAAAACACUUAUUCCACGUAUAUAUUUGAGUGAUUCCCACCAAGCAAAUUUUUGUACUUGCUACAUGCUACAGGCUAAUUUACAAAAUUCAAUUAGGAUUCAGUGUCUGUUUUACUAACUGAGAUUAAUGCAGAUUAGCUGAUAAAUUAAAUCUGGUUACCUAAUACCAAAGAAGAUUUGAGGGGUCAUAUUAAAUGAAAAAAAAACUGUUUAUCUAUAGGAAUUAACCUGAACUAGAUUGCGAUGCAAAGCUGAAACAUUGCAUCAUCAGUGAUAGCAGGUCAAGGAGUGCAUUGGCUAGACAUUCACCAGCAGUUUACCUUCUUCCAUAUCUGUGCUUACAUUUGAGUGCUUACAUCACAAUAGAAAAAGCACACAUUCUAAUGAACUAAAUUUAACUGAAUCACGGCAAGCUGUUACAUUACAUUUGAUAAUACAAGGAUAGUUCUACCAACAAGGUAAAUUUAUAUCAGAAAUGAAAAUAAUAUUGAUCUUAAUUGCAAUCACGUCUUCUUUGUUUCAAUAACCUCUACCUUUACAUUUUGUGUCCCCUGUCUCCAUAGUCAUUGAAAUUACGUAUAUGUAAUCUAUGCAUGGUCAAACAUUAGACAUACAUUCUUCUAUCUUGAGUGUGGGUAACCAAGUCCUUGUCUUGAUCACCCACACCAUUAUCCUUCAGUGCAUUUACUCCAAUCUUCAGCCCAGUGGAUUUUCCCUUGCAUGAGUUGACUUCUACUGAAUUACAUUUAGCCAAAUCAUCAUCAGCAAUGGAACCUUCUGUUACCCCUCAUCACUACAUUUGGAGUCAUCAAGGAUCACACCCUUGAGGUCAACUUCCACAUGUUUACUUGUGACACCCAGCUUCAUCUCCACACAGCCUCCAUGUUUUCUGUGUUGUUAGACUUCUUGUCCAACAACCAGUCUUCGACACAGUUUCCAUCAACUAAAUCUUGGAAAGAUAGAAGGCUUGUCCUCUGCCACAGCUACAAAAUUAUAACCAUGGCAAUAUUUAUUCCACCUCUUCUUAAGUUGAAUCGGACUAUGCAUAACCUUGCAGUCCUAUUCCACUUAGGUUGGACUGCCAAUGCAAGACUUUCCUGUGUCAAAGACCACCUACUUCUAACGCUGAGCAGGAUUUUCCAGAUCGUAUAAUUUCCCACCUUGCCAUCCAGAGUCAGUGGGGAAUGCAGCCUGAAUUCAACGUUCUGAGAAGGUUAAUUUACUGGAGGUGGGACAUCAAAGCUGAGGCGAGGUGGAUGUGGUCCAGAGGCAGCCCCACCAGUAAAUCUGCUGGCAGGGCAAGUAAUGUUCUGCCCAUUGUCCACCUCAAACCAUUUGCUACUGGAACCCUUAUCUCUGCUUUGAACCUCACAACAAAAGCACAAUGAGAAAUGUAAACAAAUUGUUUUUGUUAAUUAUGUAGGCAGGAAAUGCAAUAAAGGAAGAGAGGCAUGCUGGGGAUGAAAUGAAGGAAUUUACCAAGUCAUAACUAUGAAGACAGGCCAAUGAAUGGGAAGGAGAAUUGUCAUCUGGAGAAUAAUGUGGGACUAUAGAAUAAAAAGGAACAGGAACAAAAGUCAUAGAUAAACCUGUUCAUAUUAAAAGAACAUUAAAAUAUGACUGACAAAUCUUAUUUCUCCAAAUCAGCUGCUUCUGCAUGUGUAUUUCCUCUCUUGAUCCCUCACUUUUCUGUACUGUCUUUUGGCAUUGAUUUCAUCCCAGACUUAAAGUUUAAACAAAUUUUGUGAUUCUAAUUUAACCAUAAAUUUAACAGUGCCCCUUGUUGGUUGUUUAGAAAACCUUUAUUUUUUUCAGCAGAAUUAUAGACUGCUUGAACAAUUUCUCCAUGAAAAAGUGUUAAUCCUCUUUGUGUACACUGAGUAGAUAUUGUUCUGCCAGUAAUGGUUACUAGUUUGCAUUGGUCCAUUGGAUAGCUAUGGCUUUAAAUAGUUCUGAAUAUUCUUCUUCUGAUUAUUCUUAGUAAUUUCUCACAAUUCAUUUGACUUUUUGUUGUAUUCAUACUUUUUUUAAAGAAUAUAGUUUUAGUCUAACUAAGGUUGAGCCAUCUUUGGAUGCUGUAAGUUUUAUUUUGCAUAUAACCUGUCACAAUUUAUCUUACCUCAAACCUCAAAAAAAUUCGAAUUCAUUCUAAUUAUAUUGUGACAUUAUAAUGUCCUGUAUAGGUCCUAUUAUGAUCUUUCUCAGAUCAACUGAUUAGUGUUAAAUUUCCAUUAGUUGUGCUGAUCCUUGCAAUUGCCUAGAAAUUGACUGCCAAACAAUGCUUGCUGUUGUAGGGCUUUUAAUUGCUUCAGAAUGAUGUUUCUGUCUUUUUUUAGUGGACUAAAUAAGGUUCCCAAGAUGAAGACAGUAUUUUUUAUAUGUCAGUGUUAACUAAUGAAUAACAUGAGAACCAUAUCACGCAGCAUAUUGUUUCAAAAAUGAAAUUAAAAAAGGAGGGAAAAUGUGACUAUUUAAUAAGCAGACAAUCACUGAUCUCAUUGAUUUAUACACAAAUCCAAAAGCUUAAGUAUGUAUAAAAUAUUCUUUAUUGUUAUAAAUAAAGUUUACAUGUCUUUACAAAUCAAA